CCGCCCUCUGCCAAGCUCACAGCAGAGAGCCUGGCGCAAGAUGAACCCCGUUGUCCACGCAAGAUUCACGAGACCGUCCCACUGAACCCCGAGAGCCUGAAAAUGUCUGCCUGCAGUGACUUUGUGGAGCACAUCUGGAAGCCCGGGUCCUGCAAGAACUGCUUCGGCCUGCGGAGUGACCACCAGCUGGUGGCUGGCCGUCCCCAGCCCAGAGCAGGCAGCCUGCCCGCCCCGCCCCGCCUGCCCCCCAGGCCGGAGAACUGCCGCCUGGAAGAUGAGGGUGUGAACGUGAACGGCUUGCCCUACUCCAAACCCACCAUCGCUGUGAAGCCCACCAUGAUGAACUCUGACCCCUCGGACAUGUGGGCAGAGGGCGGUGUGAGUGCAGAAGUCUCACAGGUCAUCUGGAGACGAAUGCCCAGCAAGCUCCCCCUCCCAAAGCAGGAAGAUGCAUCCAGAGCGUAUCUGAGCAGCUUCCGCGGUGCCCCGAAGCCCGGGGGACCCUCGUCCCCCACCGAUGGCAGCUCCCGAUGCCCUCCUGCAUACGCCAUGGCUGGCCAGUCCUGGGUGGAGAGGAACCUGGCCUUCCACCCGGCGAGUUUUGCCGGCGACAAGGGUAGGCGAGAGGCCCAACCCACCUUUCCUGUCCAAGAGCUGACCUCUACUCAGGAGAGCUUCCGCCAGAAACUGGCCACCUUUGCAGAAAUGGCAUCUGGCUGUGCCAAGGGCCCUGGGUCCUUCUCCUCUUCACAGCCCCUGAGGGGGUCGCUGCCCUCAGAGGACGACAGUGAUCACGGGUGCUCACCCUCCGGGGACAGUGAAGGGGGAGAGUACUGCUCCAUCCUGGACUGCUGCCCUGUGGCCAAGGACACCUCACCAGCUGAGGGGUCCAGACACAGACACGCUGGAGGGGACAGCUCGCUGGCAUCCUGGGACCCAACAGUGUGUGCUGGGCCCUCUGACGAUGACAAGCGGGUGUUGGGCUUCCCCAGGGCGUGCUGUGCCCAGGACCCAGCAGGGCAUCCAUCUCGCCCGGGGCCCAAGAAGCCCUCCCUGACCUCAGAAGCCGCCAGCUCUUCGGAUGGCAUUUCCUGUGGGAGCAGCAGCAGUGGAGCGAGCAGCCCCUUUGCCCCCCAUUUGGAGAGCGAUUACUGCUCCCUUAUAAAGGAGCCUGUGUCCAAGAAGCCACCGGACGCAGGCUGCCACGGGCUGAACUCUAGCAGAUGCCUGGGGCUGACGGAGGCCCAGCCCCCAGACCCGGCUAGGGAGGCUGCGCAGCCGGAACCCAUCUAUGCGGAGAGCGCCAAGAGGAAGAAGCCCGGCCCUGUGCCCUCCAGACCCCAGGCCAAGGCAGAGCAGACAGCACCUGGCCAGGGUCAGGGCCAGGGCCGGACAGGUAGCGCUUGGGCCACAAAAGCAUGUGUCUGGGACCAGGACAGGGAAAGCCCAAAUGUGGCCACCCAGGUGGCGGCCACCAUCACCGUUAUGGCAGCCCACCCAGAAGAGGACCACCGAACCAUCUGCCUCAGCAGCCCCGACUCGGCGGUGGGGGUGCAGUGGCCCCGCGGUCCUGGAAGCCAGGACUCGGAGGCAGCGGAAGAGGAGCCUGGACCAAGCUCCCGGGGAAGCCAUCCUCAAGACGGAGCUGAGCACACGCCCAAGGGGAGGCCCGCCAUCCCCCCGAAGCUGUCCAAGAGUAGCCCCGGAGGGUCCCCUGUGUCUCCAUCUGCCUCCCCGCUGGCCGACCUCAGCGAGGGCAGCGCGGGCAGCGGCAGCGGCGUGGGGGCCCAGCCUUCCCCCAGAGCCCCCACUGAGCCCGCUUCUUCCUGCCUUGCAAAUGGUGGCACCGCCAACGACCCUGUCCGGUGUCUGCCCGCCACCUGCACCACCGCCACCACCUCUGCCACCGCCGCCCUGGACCAGAGGCGACCCAGGUACCCGACGGGAGCCUGGAGUCGCCAGUGCCGCAUCGAAGAAGAGGAGGAGGUGGAGGCGGAAUUGAGUCAAGGCUGGAAUGGAGACCUGGAGAACGGCGCCAUUGCCGCAGGGGACUUGGCCCACUCCUCCACCUGGCACCGGCUCUACCCCGCCGACGGCGCCUCCAGGCAGGGUGGCAUGAGCAAAUCGGCCUCUUUCGCCUUCGAGUUCCCCAAGGACAGAAGCGGAAUGGAGACGUUUUCACCUCCGCCCCCGCCUCCGAAGUCCCGGCACCUUCUGAAAAUGAACAAAAGCAGCUCUGAUUUGGAAAAGGGGAGCCAGGGCUCAGCCGGGAGCCUCAGCCCGUCCUUCAGGGGUGUUCCAGUCAGCUUCACCACCGGCUCCACAGAUAGCCUGGCCUCGGACUCCAGAACCUGCAGCGAUGGAGGACCUUCGUAUGAGCCAGCCCACUCGCCCACCAGCAGCGGGAAGAAGCUCUUUGCUCCGGUUCCUUUUCCUUCCGGCUCCACUGAGGAUGUGUCCCCCAGCAGCCCCCUGCAGCCCCCUCCGCUCCCCCAGAAAAAGACUGUGAGCCGAGCGGCCUCUUCCCCAGACGGCUUCUUCUGGACCCACGGCUCCCCCAAACCGAGGGCAGCAAGCCCCAAGCUGAACCUCAGCCACUCUGAAACCAGCAUCUGUGCCCACGAAGAGUCCCCCUUCAGCUACUCCACCGGCCCUGGCCACCGCCACCAUCAUGUCUUCUCCGCUUCUGAGUCCCUGGAGAAAACUUUCAAAGGCAGCAACGGCCCCUGGAUCCCUGUCACCGCGGGGCUGGCGGGCAGCAAAAGCAGCUGCGGGAGCCCCAGCCUCCAGUGCCGAGGGCCCCCUUCCACCUCGUCCUCCCAGCUGAGCGUGUCCAGCCAGGCCUCCGCCGCCAGCUCCCAGCUGCAGCUGCACAGCCUUCUGAGCAGCAUCAGCAGCAAAGAGGGCACUUACGCCAAGAUGGGGGGCCUCUUCGCCCAGUCCUUGCUCCGCCUGGUCACCAAGUGUGAGGACCUCUUCAUGGGCGGUCAGAAAAAGGAGCUGCACUUCAACGAGAACAACUGGUCACUCUUCAAGCUGACCUGCAACAAGCCCUGCUGCGACUCGGGAGAUGCCAUUUAUUACUGCGCCACCUGCUCCGAGGACCCCGGCAGCACCUAUGCGGUGAAGAUUUGCAAAACUCCUGAGCCCAAAGCAGCCUCCUACUGCAGCCCCUCCGUACCUGUGCACUUCAACAUCCAGCAGGACUGCGGCCACUUUGUGGCCUCUGUGCCCUCCAGCAUGCUCACGUCGCCUGACGCGCCCAAGGACCCACUGCCGGCCCUGCCCUCACACCCCCCUGCCCAGGAGCAGGACUGCGUGGUAGUCAUCACUCGGGAGGUGCCCCACCAGACAGCCGCUGACUUCGUGCGGGCCUCGGCCGCCGGCCAUCGCGCCGAGCCGGAGCUGUACGAGCGCAGGGUUUGCUUCCUGCUCCUGCAGCUCUGCGACGGGCUGGAGCGCCUGAAGGAGCACGGGGUCAUCCACCGGGACCUGUGCCUGGAGAACCUCCUGCUGGUGCACUGCCCGCCCCAGGCCUCCCAGCCAGCCGUCCCCAGCCAGCCCACCACCGCACCUCCCACCUGUCGGGGAAUGCCAGGCGAGAAGCACUUGCCCCGGCUCAUCAUCAGCAACUUCCUGAAGGCCAAGCAGAAGCCCGGCGGCACCAACCCGCAGCAGAAGAAAAGCCACGCGCGCCUGGCGCCCGAGAUAGUGUCUGCCUCCCAGUACCGCAAGUUCGACGAGUUCCAGGCCGGCAUCCUCAUCUAUGAGCUGCUCCACCAGCCCAACCCCUUCGAGGUGCGCGCCCAGCUGCGGGAGCAGGACUACCGGCAGGAAGACCUGCCCCCGCUGCCCAGCUUGUCCCUCUACUCACCCGGCCUGCAGCAGCUCGCCCACCUGCUGCUCGAGGCCGACCCCAUCAAGCGCAUCCGCAUCGGCGAGGCCAAGCGGGUGCUGCAGUGCCUGCUGUGGGGGCCGCGGCGCGAGCUGAUGGAGCAGCCGGGCUCCCCGGAGGAGGCGCUGUGCGGCACGCUGCAGAACUGGAUCGACAUGAAGCGGGCUCUGAUGAUGAUCAAGUUCGCCGAGAAGGCCGUGGACCGCAGGCGCGGGGUGGAGCUGGAAGACUGGCUCUGCUGCCAGUACCUGGCGUCUGCGGAGCCCGGAGCCCUGCUGCAGACCCUGAAGCUCCUGCAGCUGCUGUGAGGCCCCGCCGGCCGAGCCCCCAGCCAGCCUGCACUUUAGCCGGCCCAGCCCGGACCCCACCCCUUUGCCCUUGCCCUGCCGUGGAAACAUCAGCAUCUCCCUGGGAAAUGGUACAAAUGACCGUUAGACUUGGAUAUAAUAUAUAUACAUAUAUAAAUAUGGUCAUCUGAAAGCGGUCUGGCCUCCUCCUCUCACCCUGUCCGUCAUCACCCCCAGCCUGUUCUGCCAACAAAAUGAAGCCUGGACUCUGACCUCACCCAACCCUCUUGUGAAAUUUGUGUUUUUCUUUUUUUAACAACAACAAAAACUCCAUUAUAUUAAAAAACACAUUUGUUUGA